AUGUCCCUCACCCAAAUGCUGAGGCGCAGCCACCUCUGCAGCUGCCUCGUGAACUCGCUCGUCUACCAGAUCUGCUGCUGUUGCGGCCCAGCCCCCUGUGGCUUCUGCUGCUCCUGCUGCCCCAGCAUUAAGGUGUCCACAGGAAGCCGCAUCCUCUACACCCUCUUCCACGUCCUGGCCUCCGCGGUGUGCUGCCUCAUGCUCUCCCGCACCGUCUCCGAAGCCGUCAAGGAGAACGUGCCUUUCUACGCCCUGCUCUGCGAGCACCUCCCCCGGGGCAUGGACUGUGACAUCCUGGUGGGCUACUCGGCAGUCUACAGGGUCUGCUUCGGCACCGCCUGCUUCUACCUGGCGCAGGCCGUCUUCCUGAUCAACGUGAGAUCCAGCAGCAACUUCCGCGCCCUGCUGCACAACGGGUUCUGGUUCCUGAAGCUGCUGAUUCUGGUCGGGCUUUGUGCAGCAGCCUUCUUCAUCCCUGAUGACCGAUUCCUGCAAGCCUGGCACUACGUGGGCAUCUGUGGCGGUUUUGCCUUCAUCCUCGUCCAGCUGGUGCUGAUAACUGCCUUUGCCCAUACCUGGAACAAGAACUGGCUGCUGGGCGCGUCCCAGGACAAGCGCUGGUACCUGGCCGUGCUGCUGGCCACGCUCGCAUUCUACACCAUCGCCUCCACUGCCGUCUCCUUCCUGUACAAGUACUACACCCACCCGGCCGGCUGCUUGCUCAACAAGGCCCUGCUCACCCUCAACGUCAGCCUGUGCGGGCUCCUGUCCUUCCUCUCCAUCACGCCCUGCGUGCGGCUCCAACAGCCCCGCUCCGGCCUCCUGCAAGCGUCUAUCAUCAGCUGCUACGUCAUGUACCUCACCUUCUCGGCCCUGUCCAGCCGCCCACCGGAGAGAGUGCUGUACAAGGGGCAGAACCUCACCGUAUGCUUCCCGAGCGUCAGCAAGGAUGGGCUGCAGACAGAAGACACCACAGUUGCCAUCCUGGGAGCCACCAUCAUGUAUGCCUGUGUUCUCUUGGCGUGUAACGAGGCCUCCUACCUUGCCGAGAUGUUUGGGCCCCUGUGGAUGGUCAAAGUCUAUAGCUUUGAGUUCCAAAAACCCUCCUGUUGCUUCUGUUGUUCUGACAAGACAGGGGAAGAGCUGGAAGGGCGGGUAUGUCAGCAGGAGGCGGGGCCUGCAGGGGGGCAGAGGAUCAUCUACAAUGAGCAUGAGCACGUUGUUUACAGCUACUCGACCUUCCACUUCGUCUUCUUCCUCGCCUCGCUCUACGUCAUGAUGACCCUCACCAACUGGUUCAGCUACGAGAAUGCGGUCCUGGAAACGACCUUCACACAUGGCAGCUGGUCGACAUUCUGGGUGAAGGUGGCCUCGUGCUGGGCCUGCAUCCUGCUGUACUUCUGGCUUCUCCUGGGCCCCCUGUGCCGCUCCGGCUUGCGCCAGCGCCGGAGGGGCAGCCCGCCCCUGCGCAUACUGCGACGCCGGCGCCCACUCCAGCGGAUCAGCGUCUCCACGUAG